AUGGUGUAGAGGAUGCAACAUGUUGCAACUAGUUCUGCUUCUAAUCUACACACACUCGUCCUCUGCCCUGGACACGACACAAUGUGUCCAGCCUCUAGGGAUGGAGUCAGGGGCGAUCCCUAACAUCGACAUAUCUGCCUCCUCCUCCUUCGACUCUGGCAAUGUCGGUCCUCAAUUUGGCAGGUUACGUGGGGAGAGCCAUGGAGGUGCUUGGUGUCCAAAACACCAGGUGACCACUGAACCUACGGAGUGGCUAGAGGUCGACCUCCACAAGGUCCACGUCAUCACCGCUGUGGAGACCCAGGGGAGGUUCGGGAACGGCCAGGGACAGGAGUUCGCGGAGGCCUACCUCCUGGAGUACUGGAGGCCGAGACUAGGGAAGUGGGUUAGAUACCGGGACGUCAAGGGAGAAGAGGUUAUCACAGGUAACACCAACACAUACCUGGAAGCCAAGAGGGAGUUAGACCCUCCCAUCUGGGCGUCGCGGGUUAGAUUCGUCCCAUACAGCUAUCACCGUCGCACUGUCUGUAUGAGGGUGGAACUCUACGGCUGCUAUUGGAAAGAUGGGGUAGUGUCCUACUCCAUGCCUCAGGGCGACAAACGAGGGGCGGCCUGGGAGAUGUUUGACGCGACCUACGACGGCCACUGGGACGGAGAAUUACAGAGAGGCCUGGGGCAACUCACCGACGGUCGUGUCGGGCCAGACAACUUCAAGAUGGGCUACUACGACUACGGGAGGGGCCAAGGAUGGGUAGGCUGGAGAAACGACACUAGAAGUGGACAACCUGUUGAGAUCAAAUUCGAGUUUGACCAAGUCAGAGAGUUCACCGCAGUUCACAUUUACUGCAACAAUCAGUUCUUACGUGAUGUACAGGUGUUCUCGGAGGCUGUGGUGAUGUUCAGUAUCGGCGGCCGCUACUAUGUCGGAGACCCCAUCACAUACACGUACAUGGAGGAUCGCAUCUUUGAACACUCUCGCAAUGUCACCAUCAAGCUUCAUCAUCGCAUCGGCCGCUUCGUCAAACUUCGGCUGCACUUCGCCGCACGAUGGAUCAUGCUCAGCGAAGUCACCUUCGAGUCUGAUGUAGCCUCUGGCAAUUUCACUCCGGAAGCUGAUCCGAUGAACGACGUCCAAGUACAAAGUGACGCCCACCCGGAGAAGGAAGUGCGAACCAAUGUCCAGAAACCUGUAUUCACCGCGAGACCAGAGGACAAUUCACUGAUGGCUGUGACAGUAGGAGCACUGCUAGCCAUCAUCAUUCUGCUAGCUGUCGCCAUCUUCCUGAUAGUCAGCAGACAUCGGCAACGCAAGGGGUUCGCCAGUCCACUAGCAGCCAAGACGGCGCUGCCAGGCUCUGAUAGCAGUUGUGGAACAGCUGAUCGCAGUCAGCAAGGCAUCGACACUGCGCUCCUGAUGGACUCCGGGUACCAGGAGCCCUACCAGGCGCUGAGGUACGCGCCGUACUACAGCUACUCUGCCGUCGUCGUGGACUCUGUCAAGGGGCUGCCAGAUGUAUCCCACGACUACGCCGUGCCUGAAGUAGGCAGCUUGUCCCUAGGCAAGUCGGAACUAGGCACUUUACCUCUAGGCAAGCCAGACAUCCCUGCCUCACCACCUGUCGUUGAGAAUCUCUAUGCCAUCGGGGUGGUGCGGAAUAUCAAGGAUGACAACAAAAACAACAAAAAGUCGUCCCCAGCCUCCACAGACGUGUUGACUGCCCUGAAGCGCAGACUAGAGAACACUCAAGUCCCCCAGUUUCCUCGCCACAGACUGCGCAUGCUUUCCAAACUAGGCGAUGGCGCUUUUGGGACGGUCUACAUAGCAGAAGCAGAUGGAAUACCUGAGUACGGCAGCCCAGCAUCUCUAGGGAACAGACUGGUUGCUGUCAAGUUCUUACUGCACAAUGCCACGGAGAAGGAAAAGCUAGACUUCCAGCGUGAUGUCCGUAUCCUCUCAGCCCUGGAGGACCCCAACCUGGCCCGUGUGUUGGGCAUGUGUAGUCAAGAGGAGCCCCUGUGUGUAGUCAUGGAGUAUAUGGACCACGGAGACUUGUGUCAGUUCCUACAAAACCAUGCCUUGGCGGAGCCCUCCGUCGUUGGCAUACCGGGAGUCAAGACCCUCAGUUACAAUUGUCUGCUGUACAUGGCUGCUCAGAUAGCGUCUGGUAUGAGGUAUCUGGAGUCCCUCAACUUCGUUCACAGAGAUCUAGCAACCAGGAACUGUUUGGUUGGCAAGGGGUACCUGAUCAAGAUCUCCGACUUUGGCACCGACAACGACCUUUAUACUAGAGACUACUACAGAGUACAUGGAGGAAUGGCGCUGCCUGUACGCUGGAUGGCGUGGGAGUCUAUCUACAUGGGCAAGUACACUACAAAAUCCGACGUGUGGUCGUUCGGGGUGACUCUCUGGGAGAUCUUACACCUGGGGAGGAAGCGACCCUACGACACCCUGACUGACGAGGAGGUGGUGGCCAACCUGGAGCUCCUCUACCGGGACUCUGGGACCUUCAGUUACCUCCCCAGGACCCCGGCCCCUCCCACAACCAAGGACGUGGCCGACCUGCUGACAGAGUGCUGGAGACGCAAUGCCGCCGAGAGACCCACCUUCCGCGAGAUACAGCUGUUCCUACAACGCAAGACACUGGGGUACGCGCCCACCUCGUGACUAAGGAGGAAGUAAGGAUGGAAAGUCCUGGAACUUGUAAAUGUUGGUGAUUUGCAUCAAGAAGAACAUUUCAAAGAGGUCUUUAGCUACACCAUGGACAAAAAGAAUUAAAUAUAGACCGAACGCUGGGCUGCGAUUAG